AUGGGUGUGCGGAAGGCUCGUGGUCGAUUACUUAACAAACGAAAUAGCCAUGAUUUACUCUCUUGCUUUUACGAUUUAACGAAUUCCGGUAAAAGUAUCAGACCAGGCAGUUCAAGGCGUGACUUUGGGCAUUUAGCAUUCAUCGUUCGUUUGCUGAUACGUCGAACAGAAAGACGCAAAUUAUUUCAAAUAUUUUCUACAAAAUUUUAUGCACCCAUAAUACAGAAGUUAAAACGUGAGAAAAAAAUUGGAUCUCGUUUGGAAAUGGCCUUUAACGAAAUACUCAAAGACUACUUUGACCCAAAAGCAUCCGAUGAAAUUGUCCACAAAUUGCACACAAUUCAGGCAGUCUUGCGCUGCUGUGGGAAAAACGGAGGGCAGGAUUUUAUACAAAUGGAAAGACCUCAUCCAUGUGGUAGAGCAGUUUCGCAAUACGUAAGGAACUUUCUAGCAAUGCCAGAAACAUCUGGGAGAAUAUGUUUAUGCAAAAUGUUCUCAUUAAGCAGAACAAACGGUUAUUUGUUUUAUCGAACGUUUUCUAAGAAAAAUGUGAAUAAAAAUUCGGAAUGA